GGAAGGGAGGGGAAGCCAAAUGGGCCCUGCCUGGAGGGGGGGCUCCGAGGGGCAAACUUACCCCAGGGUUUAAUUAGUUCUGGGGUUCCUUUCUCUCCCCCCCCCUUAUUUUCCUAGGGAAAGUGAAGAAAGUUGCCUAAGUCUUUAUUUGGGAGGGGGGGUGUUUUAUCGUACUGUUUUUGCCUUUGUUUUCACAACAACCACCACCCCUCCUGCUCUAAAGAGGGUUUUUUUGGGGGGGGUUCCCCUCUUUAAAGCAGCCUGAGGAAGGGAUUGAAAAAGGUGGGGGGCUGCUCUCUCUCUCUCUCUUUUAAUGACAGCCCAAUAGUGGGGGGGGGGGAAAGAGAUCUGCUUCUCUUCAGCUGGGAAGGCUGUGCAGGGCCCUCUGAAAAGGGUGUGUGUUUGAGUGUGUGUGUGUGUGUGUGUUGUGGGGAAGGAAUCAAGCUUUGGGUGGGGUGCUGUUUUACCCCACAUAACCUCCUUUCUGGUACAGCCUGCCAGGUCUUAUUGGGGUAACAAGUGGCCGGGCCCUGAAAGGCAAGUCUAAAAGGGAGGAAGUUGGCCCCCCAAGGAGUUUUGGAGCAGGCUUUCUUGGCAUCCUUUGGGGUAGGAAGGAAGGGAGGGAAGUGGUCAAAAGGCUUCCCCCCCCCCUUCCAAUCCGCAGUUUGUUUUUCUCGUUUCUCUGGAGGAGAAUUGUUACCUUGUUUGCCCUCCUGUGGGUUUGGGGUGUCCUCAUGACUUGAAAAGAGUUUGGGAGUUGUGAGGACUUGUGAGUGUGCCGGGUUGGAGAAAACUUGCCGCCGAUGUUGUCUGUGCCCGGCUGAUAACCGCCUGGACCCAGCCGCUGCUCGAAGUUGAAAUGUGGUGUUCCUUCAGAACUGAGGCAAGAGCAGAAUUUUCAGAGGGCUGAAUCAUGACGCUGAAGGCCUUCUCCCUUUCUGCUUGGCGGAUUUUGGCCACCAAGGGCUCCUUGUGGGUCUUCCUCAGCGUGCUCUGAUAUGGAUCUUAUGGACGAUUGGGAAGAACAGCGUUUUUAACAGAAAUCGUUUGUGCCCCUUCUCUGGAUUAAAGCUGGACCUUGAACUUUUGUGUAUGGGAAGUGACAGUGACGUACCUGAAGUAACGAGUACAAUGCAGAUUGACUAAAAAGACGUCUCCUUGCCAAGGGCUCCAAUGAGUGGCACACAGUCCGCAAUCACGGACAGGUUUCCCCUCAAAAAACCUACAAGGCAUGGCAGCAUUCUGAGUAGAGAGUCUCCAGCAGAUAAGAAGCAGAAGGUUGAACGCUGCAUCAGUGCCCACGACUUUGACCCUACAGAUAGCUCCUCCAGGAAGACAAAGUGUAGCUCGGAGGAGGCUAGAUCCGAGACGUAUGGUCUUGUUCAGCGUUGUGUGAUCAUCCAGCGGGAUGAAAAUGGAUUUGGGUUGACCGUCAGUGGAGACAAUCCAGUCUUUGUGCAGUCUGUCAAAGAAGAUGGAGCAGCCAUGCGGGCCGGGGUUCAAACUGGUGACCGAAUAAUUAAGGUGAAUGGGACCCUGGUCACACACUCAAACCAUUUAGAGGUGGUGAAGCUGAUAAAGUCGGGUUCCUAUGUAGCACUCACUGUGCAAGGGCGCCCACCUGGGUCGCCCCAGAUUCCUCUGGCCGAUUCUGAGGUGGAUCCAGCAGCCUUUGGGCAUAUGUCUCCGAUCAUGACAUCUCCUCACUCACCUGGAGCAUCUGGAAACACAGAGAGGAUUACCAGCCCUGUGCUGAUGGGGGAGGAAAAUAACAUUGUCCACAGUCAGAAAGUGGAGAUUUUGAGGAAGAUGCUUCAGAAAGAGCAGGAACGGCUGCAGUCCUUGCAAGAAGAUUACAGCCGUGCUCCUGCUUCCCGGCUGCUCAAGGAGAUCCAGGAAGCCAAGAAGCACAUCCCUCAGCUGCAGGAGCAGUUGUCCAAAGCAACCGGUUCCAUUCAGGAUGGUGUUUUUUCUUCCAAAUCUGUGACAGAGUCUUUGCAAAUCAGUGAGGUAGAAGUUGAGAAGGGAGAUGGACUCGCCAGAGGAGAUAGCAGCUUUGGGGAUAGCUCUCAGGCAAAUAGUGACACAGCAGAGAGUCCCCGAAGUGGCUUAAGGGAACGGAUCUAUCUGGAUGAGAGCCCAGAGAAGAGUGAGAGUCAAGAUACGGACUCUCAGUCUAGUAUUGGAAGCCCUUCCUCUCGUCUUGCACCUCCGAUCAUAGGAGCAGAAGAUGAUGAUUUUGAUGGUGAACAGGAGCAGAUCAAUGGGCAGUGCAGCUGUUUCCAGAAUAUAGAGCUGCUGAAAUGUCGGCCAGCCCACUUGGCUGUCUUUCUGCAUCAUGUUGUGUCCCAGUUUGACCCAGCUUCAUUGCUUUGCUAUCUUUUUGCGGAUCUGUACAAACAAACAAACUCCAAAGAGACACGGCGUGUCUUCACUGAAUUUAAUCAGUUCUUUUUGGAUAGAGCUGCAAAUCUGAAGGUUGCUGUUCCAGAUGAAAUUUCUGUAGAUCUAGAAAAAAGAAGAUUAGACUUAAUUCCUGAAGAAUUGCACCGCCAUUACAUUCAAACUAUGCAAGAUAAAGUAUUUUCUGAAGUCCAGAGGCACCUUGAAGAUUUUAGACAGAAACGCAGCAUGGGGCUGACCCUGGCAGAAGGAGAGCUGACCCGGCUGGAUGCAGAACGUGUUCGUGAUCGGGCCACCCUGGAGAAGGAGAGAGCGUGCGCAGAGCAGAUCAUUACCAAAAUUGAAGAAGUGUUGAUGACCUCUCAACCCAUAGAAGAGGAGAAGAGUUCAGCAAUACAGUAUGUCAUUCUUACCUAUAUGAAACAUCUCGGUGUGAGAGUCAAAGAGCCCAGGAGUCUGGAUCAGAAGCGGGGACGGAUCGGAUUCCUGCCAAAGAUCAAGCAAAGUAUAAAGAAAGAGAAAGAAGGAGAUGAAAAAAAGAGGAGAGUCUUUCCUAAUAUCCUGGGACCCCCAAGGAGGCCAAGCCGCCAUGACAGCUAUGCAAUAGGCAGAGCCAUGGAAAUACAAAAGCAGCGCCAUCUGAAGCACUUAUCCACGUCUUCCUCUAUCAGUCCGGAGCCAGCAGACUCUGGCAAGAUGCGCCAGAGUGGGUCCAGCGAUGGCGCCGAUGCAACCCUACCCCCUGCAAAUCUUAUGUCUCCACUGGCAGUUGGAACAUCUCCAUCCCAGGAUGGGAGCAAGGACAGCGAAAUGGGUCCAAAACAAGUUGGAGAAACCCCUCCCUCUGGUGACUCUGUGGAUGGAACACCUCGUACAGCAAACACCAUAUUUGAUUUCCCAUCUCCUCCACUGGACCAUUUGCAAGAAGAGGAAGGAGAGUCUGAAAGGUUACCAGAGUCAGGAACACCAAAAGCUUUCCGCAAGAUGGACACCGUAGGUGCUGGGGAUAUUCAGAGCGAAGAUGAGCUAUUCGAUUUUGACCUGGAGACAGACCCACCCAACUGGCAGCAGCUGGUGAGCCGUGAGGUGCUGCUUGGCCUGAAACCCUCUGAGAUUAAACGUCAGGAAGUAAUUAAUGAGUUAUUUUACACUGAGCGUGCUCAUGUCCGGACACUGAAGGUUCUGGAUCAGGUCUUCUAUCAGCGGGUAUCUCGUGAGGGGAUUUUGCCUCCCUCUGACCUGAAGAGAAUAUUUUCAAAUCUGGAAGACAUCCUUCAGCUUCAUGCUGGACUGAAUGAGCAGAUGAAAGCAGUGAGGAAGAGGAAUGAGACAUCCGUGAUUGAUCAGAUUGGAGAGGACUUGUUGACUUGGUUCAGUGGAGCAGGGGAGGACAAAUUGAAGCAAGCCACUGCCACCUUCUGUAGCAACCAGCCCUUUGCCCUGGAGGUGAUCAAAUCCCGGCAGAAGAAGGACUCUCGGUUCCAGACGUUUGUCCAGGAUGCUGAGAGCAAUCCGCUCUGUCGCCGACUGCAACUGAAAGACAUAAUUCCUACUGAGAUGCAAAGGCUGACCAAAUAUCCCCUUCUGCUGGAUAAUAUUGCCAAGUACUCAGAACACCCUGAGGAGAAAGAAAAAGUGAAGAAGGCAGCGGAUCAUUGUCGGCAGAUUCUCAACUUUGUGAACCAGGCAGUCAAAGAAGCAGAGAACAAGCAGCAUUUGGAAGAUUACCAGCGUCGGCUUGAUUUGUCAUAUCUGAAGCAGUUAGAGGGCCCAAUGCUGGAGGAAUUUAGGAAUUUGGAUUUAACCAAGAAGAAGAUGAUUCAUGAAGGGCCUCUGACCUGGAAGGUGAAUCGGGACAAGACAAUUGAUCUCUACACGCUGCUGUUGGAGGAUAUCCUAGUGCUGCUGCAGAAGCAAGAUGACAGAUUGGUGCUGAGAUGUCACAGCAAGAUUCUAUCUAAUGCUGCAGACAGCAAGCAUACAUUCAGUCCUGUGAUCAAACUAAACACUGUGUUGGUUCGCCAGGUGGCCACAGAUAACAAAGCAUUCUUCGUCAUCUCCAUGUCAGAAAACGGAGCUCAUAUUUAUGAACUGGUGGCACAGACGGUUUCAGAAAAGACUCUGUGGCAGGACCUUAUUGCACGGAUGGCUGGAACAGUGAAAGUUGGAAGAGGCAGAAGGGUCAUUCCAUUACCUCAGUCGGGGCCGUGCGAAGAGGACCAUGAAGAGGAAGACCAACAGAAAUUGAAGGAAGAACAGGCCACUUCUGACAACAGCAUGCAGAGCCCAGAGAAAGAUCUAGGGCUGGAGUCUCCCCUGAUGCUGCAGGCUUCCUCUCCCUCCACAGCCGUCUCAGAGAAAGUGGAAGAGGAGGGGCUUCUGGCAGCUGGCAGACAGUUCGGAGAAAAAGCCCCAACAGACUUGCUGAUCAAAGAGUCCCCCGAGAAUUACAGCCACUCAAGCCCAGAGCUUUCAUUCCAACUCUCAGAAGACCGAUGGGCAUUGGAUGCCCUAAGGAACUUGAGCUUAUUGAAGAAGUUGCUGAUGCAACAGCUUGGCUUGUCCGAACAGGAGUCCCUUGAAGACUGGCAGCGUUUUUCCAGACAUAGGACAGUUCAGCAGGGGAACCAGAUCGGAAGUGGGGUCCAGCGAGGACAGCAGCACUCAGAGGACGACAGUUCUGGGACACGUAGGGACCCCUCUGGCACAGGAACAAGUCCUGUCGGACCUUGCUCAGAUCACCGGACUUCAGGAGAAUUUGUGCCACCAGGGGACGUGACGUCAAGUAGCUGUCAGCUAACUGAUCCCUUGAGCACAAACCCUGACACCCCAACUGCUGAACUGGAAGGGGUGGGCCCUGAGGAUGGUGGAGAGCAUUUCUUUGAUGCUCGGGAAGCGCACAGCGAUGAGAACCAGUCCGAGAGUGAAAUAGCAGACAGGAAGGAAGAGGAAGAGAUGCAGUUGCGGAUCUCAGGAAAUUAUUUGAUCCUUGAGGGAUAUGGCACAGUACAGGAGAGCUCUACUGAUGAGGAGGUAACUUCGCUGGUUCUACAAUGCACUGCAGGCAACAGCACAAUGGACUCUGCCCACCAGGAGCCAGACUCUCUGCAGGACACACAGACAGGCGGAGCCAGCUCGCCGUUUCCAGAGGAGUUAAUGGCCCCCCACUGGGAAGCAGCAACAGAAUCUUCCUCCGGUGUACUGAGGCCUUCCUUCUCUGUAGAAUCACGUACUCUCAUAAUGCAUUACAUCCAGAAGAUAGAAGCCAACCUGGAACACUUAAAGGAAGUAGAAGAGAACUAUGCUGUUCUUCUCCAGCAAAAGCUGGCUGGAUCAGUCCCUACAGAGGAGCACUCAGAUACCAGUUAGUCGUGCUCCACUUCCUAGAUGUGGCUGAAGGUUGGAUGGAAGCAAUAGCCUUGCCCCCAUGCCUGCUGGUUUUCUGCCUGGACUUCUAGGAUGCGAGGCCGCUUUCCGUGGACCAUCUGAGCGCACAAGCGGUGCUCCAGCAGAACAGCGGGGUGGGCCGUUUCCUUUUACACCUCUGCACUAGCUCGGCAGGGAGGGAUGGUGAUUUUUGUUCUCCUCCUCUUACUACCAGAAAACCAUUUUGAUUCCAAACAGAGGAAAAAAAAGAGGAUCAGGAAAAAUAAACCAAAUGUAUAAAGCUUUGGGUGUAGGAUAUACAAAUGUAUUUAGACAUUGCAAAAAGAAAAGAAAAUCAAUGUAUUUAUUUGACUUCAUUCCGUGUACUGAAAGCACACUUUAAUUUGUAUUUUAUUUUGCUUUUUUAAAAAAGAAAAAAAAAGGAUAGUGCCAGUUUAUAGGCCCCCAGCAUCCUCUACUCCUGAAUUCAGGGCGGAGGUAUGUAUGAGUCUUGAUUUUCCACUGGAUUGGAUUCUGCCAGCAACCUGCCUGCCUCUCAAAAGAGUUACACGUGUAACAGAAUACAUGGGCAGGCCUUUUCGUGCAACGGCAGUUCACCAUGCACUAUGCAGCGAGGCACUUGAAAGUUGGAAGUCUGGUUUUCUUCAGAGACACAUGGUCAGAUGAGGAAUAGGGUGGGAUUUGACUUCUAUUUCUUCUCUCUUCCCCCCCCCCUCCCCAUCCCCAUGUGUAUAUCUUUUGGGGAGAUGUGGCGAGGGGGAGGGGGUUGCGUCCCAGAGCAGGGCAAAGGUAUUAGAAACCUUUCAGAGCUGUUACCAUGUGCCUGCCAAACCAUUCCUCUUGCAAGUAGCUGCUCCUGGAGAAAGCCAGAGCUGCUUCUAAGAUUAGGAUUCUUUCCUAUCCAGAAAUAGGCCUUUGUUGAUCUUUCUGUGGGAAGGGAGGACAAGGCAUGGUUCGGGGUGAUGGUGUUGUAUUGCACUCUUUGUGCCAAAGUGCUCUGAAGUCACGUUGGAUGCUCAGAAACAUCCACGGAGGUGGGGCAAAAUAAAUGAAAGCAGCACUAUAGUAUUUUUCUAGCCAAAUCAUGACAUUCAGAAACUGAACCCCUGCCUGAGGAUGGAAAUGGAACGCUCCCAGUGCAGAUGCAAAAACACUGGGGAAUGCAGACUGGUUGUCAGAAUUGAUACUGGGGUAGGUAGGGCGGCCAGUUAAGGAUACAGUAUCUUCCUUUGAAAAACUCACCACAGCCAGCUGUCGGAUGCUGGUGAUGCUUUUCUUCCAGCACCAGCUACCCAAAACAUUGGGUGUCUUUUUUUUCAACAAGCCAGCUCCAAAAGUGCCAAAUGCGAGAAACCCCCACAGUGUCAUAUUCCCCUCCUCAGUUAUGCUGUAUGUGCCGUUUAAUAGGGAGAACCUUUUCUUUCUUUCUUUUUUCUUUCCUCCUUCCAGUGCGAAGGUCACACUGCCUGCUCCAUUACUACACAGACACAUUUUCCCUGUAGCUGUGAUGGCCAAGAAUCAGAAUCGCUGUUUUCCAAUCAUGCAAAACAGAAAACCUUUCUUUUCUUCUGCAGGAAAAAUAGUACAACUCGCUUGAGCCAGUUGUACAGGGAUUAUUUUUAUCCCCUUCCCCCAGAUACACUUCAGAGCUAUGAACCUGAUGCUUAUUGAGAUGGCAGGAAGAUUUUCUGGAAGCCGGUUGUGUGGUUAACUGUCUCACUUCACCGGCAGGAGGUUCCCCGAAGUAAAAGGGUUUCCUUCCACACCUGUACAAGUUUCCUGUGCCGAUCCAAGAGCCACGAGGUUGUCCUACAGACUUUUCCCAAGUAAUGAAACCUACAGUUUUUGACAUGUCUCUUUAUUUUACUAUCUCCUGGCUUUAUAGAAAUUAUGCCUCCACUGAUAAAAUGAAUGUGGGCUUUUAAGGAAUACCCCCCUCCUCCAAUUUUAAGUGGCAUUUUUCUGGCCUUUGAACUGGAUUGGCAUGUGUGUAGUGCUGUGGUUUUCUUUAAAACUUCCUCUGCCAUACCUUAGACAUUUAUGCCUAGAUCUUAUCAGGAACCACAUUCAUAUCUUGGGCCUCUCCCUAGCAUGAGUAGAUUUAAGGGGAGUCAAGAGGCUAGAUUUCCUUUGCAAAUUAUUCUUUGCUUCCUUUUUGGCCAGGAGCUUCAAGAUCUUUGUUGUUCUAGGACUUCUUGUAUAAACUUUGCUACUAGGCCAGCAGCAUAGGAUGUUAGCAGAAAUGUUUCUUUGGCGUUGUUAAAAGAUCCUUGGGGAUCAGCCUCUUAAAACAAACAAAAAAUAACCCAGGGUGUCCUCCAUAGUAGAUGUGACCAUCAUUUUAUUUCUGCUCUGAGAUAUGAAACAGUGUGCUGUGUGUUCUUGUCCUCUUGGUGGAGGUGUUUGGGGGGUGUUUGGCUUGGUGUGUUUGUUUCAGGCCUGUCUCUAUUAUGCAAUCUCCUGUUAAGGGCAUUAUUCUUCUGUAAGAAGGAGAAGAUAGUGAGUAAUGAGUAUCAUUGAAUGCUCCCAAUAUCAUUACCUGAAAUCCCUGGGGAUGUAUUACACUCCCUGAUGUGUCUACUGUACAGGCCCCAGGCACAGAACCAUUUUUGUGAAGAGGGUCAACACUAAAAUGCACUUUGUAGGAUUCCCAUUGGGGGGUUGUUUUAAAAAGAAGAAUAAGAAAUAGUAGAAUAGCCAUGAGGAAUUCCAGCCAAAGAGAUCUUUGCUACUCUGUAUUACUGGCUGUGAACAUUUCUUUCUUUGGACCGGACAGUAGUAUGGAACAAUCUUUUCUUUCUCCUCCCAGCUCAGAAAUAUAAGCAGUAAAAGACUCAAUUGACAGGAGAAUAUUACAGUGUCUGUGCUACAGUUGUAUUGAGGAAAUCAUACUUUUGGUGUUUUUUUUUAAUAACCUGGAUUAUAGAAUCAAUUGAUUAGGAUUUGGAUUCAAAAGGCAAGACCUGGAUCCAGAUGGCAGCUUCCUAAGAAGCCCAUUCAUACAUUUUGUGUUACAGGCAAGGCAGAAUGAGAUGAUUGAAUCCGGGGAGUUUGGGGGGGGGCGUCUGUAGAGAAGGUGGUGUAUUUCCAGUUUCAGUUCCAGAGCUGUCUUGGGACCAUAAACAGUGCAGUUCUGGAGCAUGCUGGGGGCUUCUGAGAGUUGAACACGUCUGAAAGACACCAGGUUGGGUGGAGAAGGUUGCUCGAAUCCAAUGUGCUUUUCUUUUAUAGUGGAACUCCCAUCUCUCAGUGUCAACAUGAGACCAAAGCGCGUUUCUCUGUCUGUAGCACUGUUGCUUUUACCUGCAGUUCUGCAUGGUUUCUUUCAUCAGCUCUGUUUUCCACUAGCGAUUAAAAUAAUUCUCAGCCGCCACAUCUCGGGGCCUGGCAGACUGCAGGGUAAGGGAGAUCAUAUUGUUAAUAUUUGUUUUGCCCAAGGAAAUGCCUGAUCCUUGCACCUUGUUGACAUGGUAGUGUCCUUAAAAGGAAAAUGGUGUUUUGCAUGGAGGUAUUCAAACGUAUGAGCCUUCCCUCAUCUUGCAGUCCUCUUGGCUGCAGU